AUGAGUUUAAAAACUACACUGAUUUUUGACUUUGAUGGGUUAUUAGUGAACUCUGAAAAGGAGUAUUUUCAAAUUAUAUCAAAGAUAUUUAAAACCUUUCAAGUCGAUUAUAAGUGGUCCGAUCAUGCUGAACAGUUAGGCAAGACAAGACAAGAAUCAAAUACCAUACUUGUCAACAUUAUAAAUGAAAAGAUUAUAAAUAAAUCAAAAAGAAUUAAGGUUGAUGAUUUCAAGAAAAUCAGAAAAAAGUUUAUACCUAAAUUUAAUGAUCUAGAAUUGAUACCUUAUGUUAAAGAAUUUGUUGAAAAUUUACAUAAAGCAGGAGUCAAAAUUGUUAUCGCAACAAAUUCAAGCCGUGAUGAAUUUGAAAAAAAGACAACAAAGUUUAUUGAUUUUAUUUCUAUUUUUGAUGAAAUAUUUUGUGGCGAUGAUGUUGAAGUGACCAAAUUUGGCUAUAACAAUAAGUACAAAGCUGUUUUAAAUUAUAUGAGUUUAUCUCCCAAAGAAUGUUUAGUAUUUGAAGAUUCACCGCAUGGUGUGUAUCUAGCAUCAUCGCAAAACAUAGACGUUAUAUGGGUUCAGGAUAAACUAAUGAAAGAGUACUUUGAGUGUAAUCAUAAAGAUCUUUGCGAACAUGAUAAUGUGCAUAUUUUCAGUUCUUUUAAGGACAAUCAAUAG